UCUUCCCUCCUGCCCAACUGCCUGUCCCACUGCCCAGCCCCCCAGCUCCUCCUGCCCGACGGCCGGUCCCACUGCCCAGCCCAGCUCCCCAGUCUCCUAUUUGCCCUGCCCUGGGGGCCUCCAUCCUCACACUGUCCCCCAGGGUGCUCUGUUAUCCUCAGCAUCUGUCUUCUGCCUUCUGUUCCCGAGAGAUGCUCAGGCCCCUCCUCCACAGCGCUGGGCCCCAAUCCCUCAGAGGGCUCCCCAUGCUCCCUGGUCCCCCAGCUCGCUGGGGUAGUCAGGACUUGCCCCCAUGUUGUUAGUGACCCAUACUCGUGUGUUACGAGAACCAGAGAGUUGGAUCUGGGCCUGUAGUGAGACAGGGUGGGCAAGAUGCAGUAGAUGGGGAGGUCAUCUGGGGGGAACGGGGAGCUAGGAGUGACAGCCUUUCUCCUGGGCAGAUGGGCCAGCUUUCAAUCCUCCUUCGACACACGUUGUCUGCACCAAACACAUCCCACCACCGCUGCAGCCGGAGUCAUUCCGGAGUCGCGUAGUGCUGAGUGGGAGUGGGGGGCACCAGGGGUCAGGAGUGGUUCUGGGUUCGGGCAGGUCUGGGUGGCUUUUCCUCGGGGGGGUCUAUCCCGUGCUGUUGAUUCUGUUCAUAAUGUGAAUAAUUUCAAGUAGUCAUAAAAAGUGGCAAAGAGGCCAUGGAAGAAAUACAGAGCGGUUCAGUGCACCUGUGCAACCCGCCCUGUGCUGCCUCCACCCUCGGGUCAAUGAGACUUUAUUGGCACAACAAACUCUCCAGGUGUCCAGCGUUGGUUUUCAAGGAAUUUGGACCUAUUGGAAGCUCCUACUACCCUAAUGCCAUGAAGAUUGAGGUGAACAAUGUGGAAGAAAAAGCUGUCCAUUCUUGGUCAAGAAUCUCUUCGGCAGGACAAAAAGCCCUGGAGGAAGCCCUCAGAGUCUUCAACCCCAUGUCCAAGGACCUUUCAGAUACCGAAACCCAGCUGGUGGCCUUUCUCCAAGGCCUCAAGGAGGAAGGCUACCAGCCCACCGUCUUAAGGAGCAAGGAUGUUUAUGGGUACAGCUCCUGCACGGCGGAUACUCCCAGCCAGACACAAGAGAGCACACGAGACGAUUCAGACACAGGCGCUGCUGUCUCUGACUGUACGAAAGCUCCGGUUAGAAGCCCUGCCGUGACAGCCGAGGUGCCUGGGACACUUGCGGAGGUUUCGGUCAGCUCUCCUAGCGUUCGCACCAAGCCUGUCUCUAAAGGGAGUGCCACAAACCUGCUGCUCAACUCCUUGAAAGAGACCCGGUCAGGCACAUCGAAGGCCUCAGCAAUGGGCUUCCCAGCUAAUAUGUACCCUGACGUGUAUCCAGCCAUGAGACUCUCUGUCGUUCUGGAAGCCUUGGUCCCACUGGAAGCCACAGCAUCCUGUUUGGAGUCCAAAUACAAACAGGGGCAUCUUGGAAUCUCCCCCUCAGACCUGAAGCUUCUCAAGGCAUCGGGUGCCUCAAGGCAGAACACUAAGCUGCCCUCGGGGCAGUUCGACCCCAAAGGCUAUAAACACGUAGUUAAGAAAGCGCCAGAUUCUCCCGCUCUAGCUGUAACGCUUCUGAAGGGAACGAAAGGUGGGGUGCUGAAGGAGAGUAAUGGUUGCAAAGCAUCUGGAAUCCUGAAUGGGAGGAUUACAGGCAGCUCAUCUCAGUGUUGCAGUGGGGGGUCACAGGCCAAGGCCUUUAAAAAUAAAGCCAAGGAAGUUCCGGUGGGGAGAACUGACUGGAAAGACAGCAGUAGUCAGGAGACAGUUGGGCAGAAAAGGAAAAGAGCCGAGGAGGUGAAAGAAGCACCACAGAAAAAGAAGAAAAAUAUCAUGACUAAACCUGAACUAAGUCAGAGCACUUUGAACCUGCUGAGAUCCCGGGCCAUUAAGGUGGACAGCUCGUCGUCAGACGAUGAUGUGAGGAGGAGAGCACAGAAGAUCCUUAGGGUUAACCUGUCCCCUGUGAUCAGAAUCCAGCCAUUGUCCCCCUCUCACAAUGUCCCCUGAGUUCCUUCCUUUUGUCACUUUGCUCUUCAAUACAGAAGUGUGAACCAGCUGCCAGGCUGUGGAGAUGUGUAAGAGCCAUUUUCAUUCUCUAGUGUCCGGCAACAGGAUCACAGCCGGUACCUGCAGACUUUGGGCAGCUUUCUCCACGGCUGUUGCUGGCUGCCUGGCAACAUUCUGCAGAGUUGGACUGCGCGAGGACAAAACCGUGUUUAGAAAUACAGGACAACGACUCCCAGCCCCCGUGGUGAGCUGAGCGAAGCCAGGUGCUAGUGUCUGUGCUGUGCUUUUCCGAACGUGCUGGAGCACAUGUCUGUGCAGUGGGGAGCACGUGACUUUCUCCUGACGUUCAUGCACUCUGAUAUUUUGCUCUUUUUCAAGCUGUACGUUUCUUGGUUUUAUUUUGAUCAAAUUUUAUAACUUUAUUCUAUAUCUAUAUAUCUACACACACACAAUGCCCUGGUACUGUCUGAAGACACGUCUCCUCCGCCGCUCUGGAGUUGGGUUCGCCCUUCAGUCAGUCUUUUGUCGAAAGGUGCCAGGGUUUCUUUCCCAUCGUCAGUGUUGUUACCUGUCUGUUCUGGGCUCUUUUGAGAAGCUCAGAAGCAGGCAGAGUUAUAGCCACACGUUUGUCUCUGGAAACACCAUGCCGGAUGGAGACUUAGCAGCUCGUAGCUGAGUUUAGGUCUAUCCUGUUCAGGGGACCUCGGCAAAGAAAAUGGAAAGUAGGGGAGGGCUGAUUGGGCUGUUAGCUCUGACGCUCUCUGGGUGCCGCCCCCUUUCGCUAUUAGCACAAAUGCUAAAUGCUUCCUGUGGGUUUGCUUCCAAAGAGCGCCGGGGGAAAGGUGCUGUCAUGCCCCGUCCGUUAACUUAAGAAAUUAAUUUGUGGCUGGUUGUCGACCCAAGAUCUGGGGCUGCCAAUCAGCGGAUACUUAAUAUUUCCUGGCCAGACCGUCAUCACUUGAGUGCUGCUGAACAUUCCAGUGACUUGCGGGUUAGGUCGAGAACUCGCCCACUGUGAUUCUGAAUGUAUCGAGUGUUGCUAACGUGCUGCUGGCUCCAGGGGAAUGUGUAUGGAUGAGAACCAGAGCACAGCACCAGCAGGUUCAUCAAACGAGUUUCCAGCCCUUUUUUUAACAUUUCAGGAGAAGAAGGUAUUAGUUUCUGGGGAGUGGUUUGCGCGGGGUUAAGCCACUGUAUAUUUAUUUCUCAUCCUGGAUUUCAGAUUUGCCAGCUCUUCUGGGAUUUUAGGGUGAUGAUCUGCUGCAGGGUAUAAAAUCUUUCUCUGCUUAGA